AUGUCUUCUUUCUACAUUUUCUUGCUGACAUUGAUCUUGUUUUGGUUUUCUCAAUGCUCUUAUGCCCGUAUUUUCACCUUACAAAUACACCACCGCUUCUCUGAACCGGUGAAGAAAUGGUCCCAACGAGCGGGAAAACAUUUUCCGGCAAAUCAUUGGCCGGAGAAAGGUAGUAUCGAGUACUACGCACGACUGGCCCACCAUGAUCGUGUUUUUCGAGGACGGAGGCUCUCGGAAUUGGACGGACCACUCGUAUUCUCCAACGGCAAUGAGACUUUCCGGAUCAGCUCAUUGGGAUUUUUGCAUUACACGACGGUGUCGCUAGGGACGCCGGCCAUGGACUUUCUGGUGGCUCUUGAUACGGGGAGCGACCUAUUUUGGGUGCCUUGUGAUUGUGGCAGUUGUGCAUCUACUGCCGACACCCCUUAUAGCUCCGUUACACUAGAGGAGACACAUAAUGAGAGCGGCUAUUCCAAGGAUGCAUGGAUGGGUGAUCAAGACAUCACAGACUCGAGUGCUGCACUUUGGCAUGGAUACUUGGAUUUUGAGCUUAGCAUAUACAGCCCAAAUGAAUCAUCAACAAGCAAAAAGGUCACUUGUGACCAUAGCUUGUGCACACACCAUAGUAGCUGCCUCGGAACAUUUAGCCAAUGCCCUUACUCAGUUUCCUAUGUCUCAUCUGAAACUUCAACUUCUGGGAUAUUGGUGGAGGAUGUUCUGCACUUAAAGACAGAAGGCAAUGAUCCAGCUAUGGUUGAUGCAUACAUCACGUUUGGCUGUGGACAGGUUCAAACUGGUUCAUUUCUAGAUGUUGCAGCUCCAAAUGGUUUAUUUGGGCUUGGCUUGGAGAAGAUAUCAGUUCCUAGCAUUUUGUCCCAAGAGCAUUACACAGCAGAUUCUUUCUCCAUGUGUUUUGGGCGUGAUGGAACCGGUAGGAUUAACUUUGGAGAUAAGGGUAGUCUUGACCAGGAAGAGACCCCAUUUAAUAUAGAUCCAUUACGUAGUCCAACCUAUAAUAUAGCUGUGACUCAAAUUCGAGUGGGGACUACUCUCAUUGACUUGGAUUUCACAGCUCUUUUUGACUCUGGGACCUCCUUCACAUAUCUGGUUGACCCUCCCUAUACAAGGCUUUCAGAGAGUUUCCAUUCACAAGCCCAAGAUAAGCAGCGGACACCUGAUCCAAGGAUCCCUUUCGAAUAUUGUUAUGAUAUGAGUCCUGAUGCAAAUACUAGUUUGAUUCCUAGUAUGAGUCUAUCUAUGAAAGGAGGAGGCCAAUUUGCCGUUUAUGAUCCAAUAAUUGUCAUCUCCGUGCAGCGUGAUCUUGUAUAUUGCCUAGCUGUCGUCAAGAGUCAAGAACUGAAUAUUAUUGGACGUAAGUCUUCUGAUUGGAAGUAA